AGUCACUCCAUUUUCUCCAAAGUCGUUUCUUCGCGUCAAGAAGCCGCAGCUGAACAACGAGAAAAGAAGAAAAGAAUCUGACAAUUCUCUCUCUCUCUCUCUCUCUCUCUCUCUCUCUCUCUCUCCAGGAGUUACUCAACAGAUCGGAUUUUGUCUUCGAUGGCUUCGAAACGGAUCUUGAAGGAGCUUAAGGAUUUGCAGAAAGAUCCUCCCACUUCUUGCAGCGCAGGACCUGUUGGUGAGGACAUGUUUCACUGGCAGGCAACGAUAAUGGGUCCGCAGGAUAGCCCUUAUGCAGGCGGCGUGUUUUUGGUCACUAUUCAUUUCCCCCCGGAUUACCCAUUCAAACCUCCAAAGGUUGCAUUCAGGACAAAAGUUUUUCACCCAAAUAUUAAUAGCAAUGGUAGCAUUUGCCUUGACAUCUUAAAGGAGCAGUGGAGCCCUGCCUUGACGAUUUCUAAGGUGUUGCUCUCCAUCUGUUCACUCUUGACGGACCCAAACCCCGACGACCCCUUGGUGCCAGAAAUCGCACAUAUGUACAAGACGGACAGGACCAAGUACGAGCAAACUGCUAGGAGCUGGACCCAGAAAUACGCGAUGGGUUAGUGUGAUUUUUCGCAAAGGCUUAGAUUGCGUUUAUGUUAAGAAUGAUGUGGCUGUUCUGUCAAGAAGAGCCUGCAUCUGAUGCAAUUAUGGGUUUGAACUGUUGAUAAGAAAAAUGACUGUCGAGAAAGACUUGGUACAUGGUUUAUUGAUCUUGUUCAAUGUGUAAGGUUGGGCAAACUCUUUUGUUCCCUUCACUUGGAAAUUUUUAACUUAAUUGAUUUGCAGUUUUCUCUGUUUCAUGCUACU